AUGAGCCAGCUCCAGUACCGCGCGCCCACCUCGUUCCACCACCCUCGCCGGCCCUCGUCCCGACCUCCAUCAAAUACCUCGUCCUACCGCGCAUUCGACCCCAUCGCCUGCGACACCACCACCACCACCACGGCAACCACCGCCUCCGACGGUCGCGCCAGCUUCACCGACCCUUCGCCCACCACCCCUUCGCUAAUCCUCCCGCCAGACUCUGACGCCUGCCUCGGCCGCCACGCCCCUUCUUCCGCCAGCUCGACUGCCCUGCGAACACCUUCGCCCUCGCCCUCGCCCUCGUCCUCGCAGCCACACCCUCGCUACUCUCCGCAGCCCUCGCCCCACUGCGACGGCUGGAGCGAGACGAGAGCCCGACUCAAGGGCCCCCUCCAUCCCGCACUCUUCGAGUUUGCUCCGGCGACACCUCGCUGCCCACCGGGCGUCUGGAUCCCCGCCGAAGACGACCAGGACCUGCUCGGCAGUCCAGGAGGCGAAACCCUCCGCUACCAAUCGUCCCCGCCGCCACUCGAGUCGUCCGAUACCGAGCGGUCCAGCCGCAACCUCCGGCCGCUCUUCCUUGCAUCCCGAGCGUCGUCUCGAGCAUCGUCUCGCGCCUCGUCGCUUGCGCCCGUCGGCCCGCAGGCCGCAUCAGCCCCUACGCUCCCGAUAUCGGGCGGCGGCAGAACGCUGAGGCAACUGCGAUUGCCAGCUCAGGCAUCGAACCACUCGUCUCGCUCCUUCGAAGACCUCCGUGGCCGCACAGACAUGGUCCGCCUCGGCAACGGCUUCGGCCGCAACGGGCCCGCCGUGCAGGACGGAGCCCUCGGGAUACCGUACCGGACGGAUUCUCUCGCCAGCGGGGGCCGCGGUUCGCGCUACAGCGCCAGGCCGUACACCGCCCCCAGCUCGCCCAGCGCCGACGAGCCGCCGGCGUCGUCCAAGCGCUUCCCGGUCCGGUAUCCCGGAUCGCGCCCACAGUCGUCGAUGUCGCCGGAGACAGCCAUGGCCCCGGCCUCAUCCUCGCUGCUCGCCUCCCGGCUGAUGGACGGCACAGCCAGCAGGGCCGACUCCGAGAGCUGGAAGACGCCCGGCGACAACGAUGGCGACUUUAUCCGCAAGACCUACGCCCACUUUGCCCGCGCCGGCGUGCCCGGCGACGGCUUUGCCGACGGCAAGGAGUACACGCGCGAGAAGGCUGGGAUGCCGGCGUGGGAAGAGGCCCACCUCGACGCGCUCCGGUUACCAGUGGGCAGCGGCGAUGCAGCGGCCUCCGAUCCUGGGGGCCUGCGGUCCCGGGUCGCCUCGUUGAGCGGCGCUGCGGAUGACGCCCGCUCCAGCCAUACGCCGAGAUCCUUUGCGUCCGCACUGCCGUCCGCAGAGGGAGACCUGCAGCGGCCGCAUCUGGCACCCGCACUGCAUCCUCUGCGGAGCGGCACCGCCUCUCCGAGCGCAGCCAGCCUGCGAUCCGACAGGCAGCUGCACCAGGAUGUGCUCGUCGGCUCGCGCUCCGGCAGCCCUUCGAUUGGCACCGGCAUCCUGCCGGGCACGCUGAGCACGCAGAGCACCGCCAGCGAGGCCGGCCGAUUCACUAGCGAAGAGUGGCAGCAGCAGCGCGAGGCCGAGGAAAGAAAGCGCGCGGAGCUCAUGAGCAAGGUUGACCGGUACGGUUUCUUUUUCGAAGGGCAGUCGCUGCCAUCGCACAACCGGACGAUCCUGCUGCCCAAUUCGGUGUUCGCAGCGCCGCUGCCUCGCCGCGGCAAGAAAAAGGGGCGGCCGAAGCCGUCGGAUCCCGUACCGGCGGACCUCUCGACGAAUGGCCUGGCCGCCGACGGCGCACCAGACUCGCGCAAGGAGCAAGAGGCCAAGGCCGCGCAGCGGGCGCGAUCGGCGGCCGACCGGCACCACCGCGACCGGGAAAAGGACCGGAUUGCCAAGUGGCAGAGCAUGCUCGAGGUGACGGACCGCGACGAGGGCCUCAAUGCGCUCGAGCACGACUUUGUGCGCGGCGUCGACAAGCGGCUGCGGCGGCGGAUCUACAAGGGCAUCCCGGACAUCUGGCGGGCCGCCGCGUGGUGGGCGCUCAUCCUGCGGCACGCCGGCUCGGUCGAGGGGCGCGCCUCUGGCCAGAAGAGCAAGAGCGGCGCGCGCGACGAGCGGCGGCUGCAGGCGACGGGGAUGCGGCGCGACCACGCCAAGCGGUUCAGCUCGCUGCUGCCGGUGGCCAGCCCGCACGACGUCCAGAUCGACCUCGACGUUCCGCGGACGAUUGGAGGCCACGUGCAGUUCCACACGCGCUACGGCCAGGGCCAGCGGAGCCUGUUCCACGUGCUGCACGCCAUCAGCCUGCUGUGCCCGGACUGCGGCUACUGCCAGGGCAUGGGCCCGAUUGCGGCGACGCUGCUGUGCUACUUUGCGCCCGACCAGGCGUACGCGGCCAUGGUGAUGCUCCACCACACCUACUCGCUGCACGGCACCUUCAGCCCGGGCUUUCCCGGCCUGGUCGAGAACUUCUACGUGCAGAACUCGGUGGUGCGGGCGCUGAUGCCCGACGUGGCGGCCAAGCUCGACGAGCAGAUGGUGGUGACGAGCGCGUUUGCGACCAAGUGGUACAUUACGCUGUUCGCCAACAGCAUGCCCUUUGAGACGCAGCUGCGGAUCUGGGACGCGUGGCUGUUUGAGGGGCAGGACGUCAUCACGCUGGUGGCGGUGGCCAUCAUCUGGUCGCACCGCGCCAAGAUCCUAUCGCCGCAGGCCGACUUUGAGACGAUCCUGGGCGCGCUGAGCGGCUACUUUGUGCCCGAGGACGACGACGCGCUGCUGUCGUGGAUCGACGCGGCCAUGCAGCGCAGCGAUGUGCGCCAGACGAUGGACGGGGCGCGCAAGGAGUGGCAGCGCCUCGUCGAGACGGGCGAGUCGGCCACGCAGAUUCUGUGA